AUGACGCCCAUGACGUCAUCGCCGGUAUUCACCGACCAGGGAGGCAGGAAAUACAUGGAAGAUGUGACCGAGGUCGUUGUGGAGCCCGAGCCGGGAGAAGAUGAGCCGACGUCGGGUGAGCGAGAGGAGAGUUUUGGGGAUGAUUGUACGUUCAGAUCCCGGGUGAAGACAUUACAACCACACCAUACCGACGUAACCGUGGAAACCCCACAGGUUAAAAUGGAUUCUUUUGAGUCAGGGCGAACAGAAGGGCGUCAUUUUUUUGUGGAGACAGCGCCGGGAAAUCGGUACUCGCCCAACCUUCAACCGAGUCCCACAAGCCGUGCCCGGCGUUCCGUUGCGUUCUUAGCCGUGUUCGAUGGCCACGGGGGUCGCGAGGCUGCGCAGUUUGCACGAGACUAUUUAUGGGAAUUUAUGAAGAAACAGCGGGGAUUCUGGUCUGACUGUGACCGGGAAGUCUGCUCGGCUAUACGUAAGGGAUUUGUAGCCUGCCACCAUGCAAUGUGGAAAAAGCUACCUGAAUGGCCCAAAACCCUUACAGGCCUUCCUAGUACAUCAGGCACCACUGCCAGUGUUGUGGUCCUCCGAGGAAACCGUAUGUAUGUGGCCCACGUUGGAGACUCUGCUGUGGUUUUAGGGGUCCAAGAUGACCCCACAGUCCCAUUCAUCAGAGCUGUAGAAGUCACACAGGACCACAAGCCUGAAUUACCCAGGGAGCGGGAGCGCAUUGAAGGUCUCGGGGGGAGUGUGAUCAAGAAGUCCGGAGUGAACCGGGUGGUCUGGAAGAGGCCAAGGCUCAGUCACAAUGGUCCGGUCCGUCGCAGCACUGUCAUCGACCAAAUACCUUUCUUGGCAGUGGCCCGAGCUUUAGGUGAUCUGUGGAGUUAUGACUUCUAUAGUGGGGAGUUUGUGGUUUCUCCUGAGCCAGACACUAGUGUGGUGAUCCUUGACCCCAGAAAACAUCGCUACAUCGUCCUGGGCAGUGAAUGGUUAUGGAAUAUGGUGCCACCACAAGAGGCCAUCUCCAUGUGUCAGAACAAUGACGAGGAAAUGGCACCAUGUGGAGUAUCGAGUGCCAGGCAGGCUGGUCAGCCACGCUCUGCUGCGGGUGGCGCCAGCGGAUGUUGCGUGCUGGACAAACACCAGCGCCAUUGUGAUCGCCCUGCAGGAGCCGGGCUCCUCACAAGAAACACUGCACCAGGAAGAGGUCUCUCUGGACCUGGCCAAGGUGUCCCCAGUGUCCUCCCACCUCAAUAUUCCCGCGCAGACACGCCACUACUUCAGCGGCCUCCAGAUGAAGACUCCAACUCUGCCAUCUGUGAGUUCCCCCCUGCCCUGGAGCGACGGGAUGGACUUUCUGGAAGCAACAGUCUGUACCACAUGAGUCUAUAUGACCCCUUUGCUCUGACUGCGCUGUGUUCAGACAGCAGCAGCGAUUUGCCCGGUCACUCCUGUCCUUCUGAUAGGACAGCAAGCAGCAGAACAACCAGCAACAAAAGAACUAUGAAUGGAUCCCCACAAUCAGGCCUCCUGGCAAAGAAGGCCCGACGCAGGCCUUCGGACAGGCCACCGCUGGCCCAACACAAUGCUGAGAAAAAACAGAAGGAGUCUAAUAAUGUCUCUCCCAUUCUCCAGCAGCAUAACAAAACCACUGUAUGCGUGUACUGAAACACACUCCAGCUGUCAGCUCAGUCACAAAGACAUUUCUGUCCCUGACAUCUGCAGCUCGACUGCACAUCGUCAACCACUAUGCAGCCUUGCUCUAAAGGUUGUCGCCUCAGCAUUACUAUAGCUGUCAACUUGAAAAGUUUUUGGUUUUUUGGAUUAGUUCUAUUUUUGUGUGUCUUUGUCUUCAGAUUCUCCUGAAAUGCCAAUAAAUGAGCAGUGUGUAGGAUGAAGGUAGAUUCAGCAGCAUCAGUGCCACCCUGGCCUCACCCUCCUGGUGGGCCACUGAAAAGGUCUAGAUCCAGGACGGUCUUCAUGGAAGCGGAUCCGUGCUGCGUAGAUGAAAACACUGAUGAAACUUUUGUGUGCUGACGGAUCUCCCUGCAUCCUACACACUGAAACUUUAAAUAUGUCUUACUUCACCUCUGUCUCUGGUAAGCUCCUAAGAAUGAAGUAUGAUUAAUGUUUCUGUGUAAAUAUUAUGCAUUUUAUAGCUGAGUAUUUAACUGUUUAUGUAAAAGGAAAUAUAUUUUUCUAUACAUUCUUUUAGGUAUUGAUGAUAGGUCAUCGUAAUCCCUUUUAGAGGAGCCCCUAACACAGUCUUUCAUCUUUAACUUCAUGUGUGCAGAUGCUGUGCUCUAAAAUAAUUGUGUAUUUUAUUUAAUCACUGGAGAAUUGUCUUGAAUAUAAACUGAUGGUGCUGCUACAGUCACAAAUUGGUAAGCUAGUACAUUGGUGUAUAUUAAUAUAAAAUGAUGUAAUGGGUGUCAAUAUUUUAAGUACACAUUAGUCCUUUUGUAAGGUGUUUAAAUUUUAAUUGCACAGUGCAUCUUGGUAAAAAUCCUUCACUUAUUCUGUUGUUGUUAAUGAAACUCUCCAGCUGUUGGUGUCUUCACUCCCUGAGUCUGCUUUUCCCAUUCAUGUUGUAAUCUUCCUGCAAGAAUGCCUUUCAGUAGCCAUCUCUGUCUUUUCCAGAUGUUGGUAUGUCUCUUUGAACGGUAGAUUGCUUCCUCGGAGUUUCUGUCUGACCAAAGACUUCCUUUUGGUUCAGACGGGACUUCGUUA